CCCACGCAGGAACUACUCUAAACGAAAGCACCAAUUUGUUGCACUUUGUCGCAUUGAGAGCCACACAAGAGGCGUGAAAAUGCAAUUCGCUGUGGUGCUGUGCUGCCUGAUGGGCACCGCUUUUGCUGGCGAGUUGGUAAAGCGUGAAGCCCCACUCCCAUCAAGCUACUUGCCACCCUCUUCUGGCCACCACGGCGGAGGACACUCUGGCGGAUAUUCUGGCGGACAUUCUGGCGGACAUUCCGGUGGAUUCGGUGGUGGAUUUGGUGGAAGCGCUCCUUCGGGAUCCUAUGGAGCCCCCGCUCCUCCAUCAAGCUCUUAUGGGCCACCAUCCCAGUCGUAUGGCCCACCUCCGUCCCGUCCUUCACCCAGUUACGGACCCCCACCAUCUGUCCCAGCUCCAAGCUACGGACCUCCGCCUUCCAGGCCAUCUCCUAGCUACGGACCUCCUCCAUCUCGUCCCUCUCCCAGCUAUGGACCCCCACCGUCCAGGCCUAGCUCUAGCUACGGACCCCCACCAUCCAGGCCAUCCUCCAGCUAUGGUCCUCCACCAUCCCGUCCUUCAUCCAGCUACGGACCCCCUCCGUCUAGGCCCUCAUCCAGCUAUGGCCCACCCCCAUCCAGGCCCUCUUCCAGUUACGGACCUCCCGCCACUUCCUACGGCGUCCCAGCCGCUCCCUCCUCAUCUUACGGAGCCCCUAGCUUCGGCGGAUCAUCCCACGGUGGCAGCUUCGGUGGCUCUUCUCACGGCAGCUUCGGUGGAUCUUCCCAUGGUGUCUCCUCUUCGUACGGCGCUCCUGCUCCUCCAUCCUCGUCUUACGGACCACCAUCCUCCAGCUAUGGCGCUCCCGCUCCUCCAUCGUCCUCGUACGGAGCUCCUAGCGCUCCAUCCUCGUCUUAUGGAGCUCCCGCCCCACCAUCGUCCAGCUAUGGAGCCCCCGCCCCACCAUCCUCAAGCUACGGAGCUCCACCAUCCUCUAGCUACGGCGCCCCAUCCGGCGGAUACUCUGGCGGCGGCGGCGGACAUUCUUCUCACGGAUCUUCCCACGGCAGCAGCUUCGGCGGUGGCUUCGGAGGUGGAUUCGGCGGUGGACACUCAGGCGGAUACUCCGGAGGACACAGCUCUGUGCCUGAGACCAUUCCCCAGAGCUACUCCUCCAACGGUGGCUACAGCUACUAGAGCAUCUCGCGAGUUUGUCCUGGCGCUCCUCGUGGUGCUGAUAACCACGAGGCCAGGCUCAAAGCCUACCAAACCCCAGAUUGCAAUCUGAAAUGUGCCUGAACUUCAUUCCCAUGCCCAUGUCUAUGUUUCUAGUGUAAAUUAUUUAAUUUUUCUUGUUUUCUCGUGUGUAUUAUUAAUUGUAUAGCCAAAUAAGUGUCUAUCCCAUUCUCCUACUCUCAUUCUGUCUCCGUCACAAAUAUAUAUAUACAAUUUCACAUUGCAACGCAGAACGGCUCAGAGACACAAGGUAAAAACCCUAAAAGCUCGAAAUACUCAACCGAAAUACUUGUGUUUUUGUACAACUUGGAAGGUCUUUUGUAAUAAAAUUCUCAAGAUGU